AGAAAAAUUAAAAACAAAAUAACCUCAAAAUGGAAUAAAAUCUCCCACAAAAAUAAACAAAAUGAUUAUAACAAGAAAUCUUAACAUUUUUUAUUCUAACUACAUAAAGCUGAGCACAAGGUGGACAAGUAUAGGAUGCAUUAGAACAAAAAGCUCUGCGGAACCUAAGACAAAAACUUAUUCCCAUACUAUUUUAUUUCCCAAAACUAAAUUUCCGGCCAGAUCUAGUCAAAAAGAUAAAAAUAAUAUUCAAGAGGUAGCAAAGUUUUCUGAAUUAUAUAAAUGGCAAAGGGAUCAUCUUACGGGCCCAGAGUAUGUUUUACAUGAUGGGCCUCCAUACGCCAACGGCGACCUACACAUGGGACAUGCUGUAAAUAAGAUAAUUAAAGACAUAAAUAACAGAAGUCAAGUUCUCCAAGGCAAUAAGGUUCACUAUAUACCAGGCUGGGACUGUCAUGGCUUACCCAUCGAGUUUAAAGCGUUACAAAAAGCGACAAAAUCGUCAAGGAACAAUGAACCUUCGGACCUCUUAAAAACAAGACAAAUUGCUAGAUCAUUUGCUCUAGAAGCAGUGGGAAAACAAAAGGAGUCAUUCAGGAGUUGGGGUGUUAUGGCAGAUUGGGAUGAUCAGUGCUAUUUGACACUGGAUAAGAAAUAUGUGCAAAACCAAUUGAAGCUAUUUUAUAAAAUGUUUAAAGAUGGUUUGAUAUACAGAGCAUUGAAACCAGUGUAUUGGUCACCUUCAUCAAGAACAGCAUUAGCUGAAGCAGAACUGGAAUAUGAUCCUCAAUUUAAAAGUCAAGAGGUAUAUGUGGCUUUCCCAAUGGUGAAUCUUCCGGAAAUAGUGAAAGAAGCUGUUGGUAGUAAACAUGUCUCAGCACUAAUAUGGACAACCACACCCUGGACACUAGUAGCAAAUAAGGCGAUAGCAUACAGUCCCACUAUGUCAUACUGUGUGGUCACGCUCAGCAAUAGAACUGGGCUAUUUUUAAUUGCUAAGGAUCAAAUUCAAGAAUUGGAGAAAGUACUUCAAAGUGAGAUAACAGUUGUAGUUGAAAUUGAAGGCACGAAUCUUCAAAACAGCACAUACAAGAGCCCACUAGCCAAUGAGGUACGUCCAUUCUACGAGGCGGAUCACGUGACAAAAGGGAAAGGCACGGGAUUGGUCCACACUGCGCCUGCGCACGGCCCGGAAGAUUUCCUCGUCGCUUUGAAGAAUAAUAUGACUGUUGAAUGUGACGUAGACGAAAUGGGCUGUUACACGAACCUAGGUUCAGAUUUUGACGGUCUGCCCGUUCUAACCGAUGGUCAGAAAGUGGUGAUGGACAGACUCGGCGACUCCAUCAUCCACCAAGGGACAUACAUCCAUUCGUAUCCACUGGACUGGAGAACGAAGAAACCGGUUAUAUUGAGAGCGAGCCAUCAGUGGUUUAUUGAUACGGCGGCUUUGAAAGAACGGGCUCUGGCAGCUCUAGAUAAAGUGGACUUUCUACCACCCGCCUCCGCGGACCAAUCACGUCAGAGCUUCAAGGCGCAACUAGAUAAGCGGCCAUAUUGGUGCAUUUCGCGCCAGAGAGCGUGGGGGGUGCCCAUACCUGUAUUGUAUAGGGGGGGAGAUGUUAUCGUGGAUGAGAAAGUAAUAGAACGAUUAUGCAACUUAAUAGAAACCAAAGAUACAGAUGUAUGGUGGACUUGCGACGUUAAAGAUGUCUUAACAAAUGACAUUUUGGAUAAAUAUAACACAGAUGGACUAGAUAUUGUUAAGGGGAAGGAUAUAAUGGACAUAUGGUUAGACUCAGGUCUUUCCUGGCAAACGUUAGAUGGCAAAAAGUCUAGAAUAUAUUCUGAGGGCAUAGACCAACUAACUGGCUGGUUUCAGGCGUCUUUACUUACGUCUAUUGCUUUGAGGGGAGAAGCACCUUAUGAGUCAAUAUUCGUGCACGGGUUUGUAGUGGACGAGAAGAAACGCAAAAUGUCGAAAUCAGUUGGCAAUGUUAUAGACCCAGUGUCUAUUAUAUAUGGGGAUAAGAAAAAUCCAGCCUAUGGAGUUGAUACUUUAAGGUGGUGGGUUGCGAGUCACGCCACUCAACAUUCCCAGAUAAUAAUCAGCAGGAAGCUUCUAGACGAUUGUCAAUCGGAAAUCAUCCGCAUACGAAACAUCAUGAAAUACCUCCUAGGCGUUCUGAGCGACCUAAAUAGCGCGGACUUUAAUAAAACCCCCCCCUUGAACUAUUUCGACCAAUACAUAGUUAAUGAAUGUCACACAUUUUUGAGACAAACAAACGAACACUACAAUAGUUUUAGGUACAAUAGCGUCGCGCAAUCGAUUCUAUAUUUUAUUAGUAAUAAAGUGUCGGCUCUGUACUGUCAUUGCGUAAAAGAUAGGUUGUAUUGUUCAGAAAAGGAUUCCGUUGAAAGGAAGUCCGCCCAAUUAGUUAUACAUACGAUCAUGGCAACACUGUGUAAGACUUUAGGACCCAUUUUACCCCAUUUGGUGGAAGAAGCAUGGCAACACCACCCAAUGUGCAAUCAACCGUUCCAUUUCACAAAGGAACUGUCACUUUUGCCGCCAAAACCCAUCGACCCAUCGUUGAUGGAUGCCAUCUUAGAUAUAAAAAGGGAUGUUUGUAUUCGAAUGAAAAAUGAAAAUUUGAAAAAGUUUGAUUUGAUUUUGAAAGUAAAUUCCGAUUUGUAUUCAAAAUUAAAUGACUUGAAUGUGUCGGAUGGUGUGAAUGAUAGUGUUUUGUGUGAAAUUCUCGAAGUUUCUAAUGUGGAGAUGCAUGAAGGUAGUGUGAAAAAGUGGAAUACUAUGACGACUGUGAGUAAGAGGGAGCAAUGUUUGAGGUGUAGAAAGUAUAAUGUUAUUGGUGAUAGUGAUAAGUGUAUUCGGUGCGAGAAAGUGUUAGCUUCGAUAUAGUAAUGUGUUUUUAUUCGAUUUUUAAUUACAAUGAUGUUGAAGUGAAGUUACAAAAGAUUUACUUAUGUCUUUGAAUUAUGUUACAAGUUGUUAAUAUCUAGUGUUAUAUAAUAAACCAACUGAUCCCCGCGGUUUCGCUUUUUAAUUUAGCGCCAUCUACCGGAAUUUAAUUGCGGAGUUAUUCAAAAACAUACAUCAUAAUAGAUUCACCCAUGAGAUGUUUUAUUUUGAGUGAAAAGUGCCUACUUUUAUUUAUUUAUCUAAACUAUCUUCAGAUACAAAAAUCAGACAAUAAUAUAGCUCCGUUGCGACGUGAAAAAAAAGACAAACAAACUCACACUUAUUUUAUAAUAUUAGUAAGACUUAAACCUACCUUCAGUAGAUGGUCACUACAUGUUGAAACUGAUGUGUUUAUGAUUGACUUUCUGGAUGGAUGGAGUUGAUUAUCACCCGUCGUCCCAAACACGUAGGAGGUUCUCAGUGCGACUGGAUGGAUUGGUUUUUAUUCCAUGGGCUUUUAUCCGAUGUAAGUGAUUCUUUUUUGUGUUUGAUAGGUAAUUAUUGUGAUUUGGUCCCAAUUUCCAAAUUAAGAAUUUGAACUGAACUAAUCCCCCCUCCCCACCAGGGAUGUUAGUGACCUGCUGCUACGGUAUGGCAAAAAGGCGCGGGAUCGAAACCCGCCUCGUGAUUAAACUUUUCUAUUCUUUCAAAUUUCUCGUUUAUAAAGCAAUUUAGUGGAUUAAAACUAAAAACUUAAUG